CAACGCUCGCCGCACGCAAUGGCCGUGGAUAAUUCGCUAUCAUCGCUUCUUGCUACCUUAACUGUGUCCAUUGAAUCUGCUACAGAAGCAAUACCCGAAGAGGAUGGCAUUCUCCCACCAAAGGAAGGCAUUUCAUUACUGGAUGUGAAGAACGAGUUACUUCUAUCGUACCUCCAGAACCUUGUUUUCCUCAUUUUGUUGAAAAUACGAUCCCGAACCGAUUCAAAGAUUGAAGACGAUGCAACCAACAUUCAGGACGAGGUGAUCAAAAAGCUCGUUGAGCUCCGAGUCUACCUCGAAAAAGGCGUUCGUCCUCUUGAGAGCCGUCUCAGGUAUCAAAUUGACAAAAUAGUCCGCUCAGCAGAUGACGCUGCAAGGAAAGCUACGCAAGCUCUCCAGAGUUCAGAUUCAAACCGCGCGAAGAAAGCCCAAGGAGACGUAGAGUCAGACUCGGAGUCAAGCGAUGCAGAAUCAGCUGCCUCUGUUCAAACCAAUGAAGACCUGGACGAUAUAGCUUACGGUCCUAACCGAUCCGCUUUUGUACGACCUAAGGCAACCAGCAACAAGACGACCAAAGAGCCCUCAAAAGAAGGCAUAUACAGGCCUCCUCGAACUACUCCUAUGACUAUGCCAACCACCCAUGGACGAGAAGGGAGAGGAUCUAAGCGAUUUGAGAAAUCUACAACUUUAGACGAAUUCGUAGCAACUGAACUUUCCGCCGCGCCAUUGGCUGAGCCGAGCAUUGGGAGCACUAUCGUGUCCGGUGGUCGCCAUACGAAAUCAGAACGAGAGAGAAAAGAUGAGGCUGACCGGCGCGACUAUGAGGAGUCUAAUUUCAUACGUCUUCCAAAGGAAAGCAAGAAAGAGCGAGCCAAGAAGGGCAAUCGAACUCGCGAUGGAGGCUGGGGUGGCGAGGAAUGGAGGGGGUUAGGAGCAGGCUUGGAUCGCAUCGAGCGGCUGACGCAGAAAAAGGGUGGCCCAUUGGGGUCCCUAGAGAAGAGCCGCAAGCGCCCAAUACAAGACAGGCCCCGAGGAAGUGGUUCGCAAGCGGGAGAAAUGUUCGAGAAACGGAGAAAAGUUGUAUCCAGGUACAAAAAAUGA